GGUGAAACACUUCCGGGGUUAAAACUAUGGCGGCUCUAACGCGAGUGUCAGCACACCGGCUCUUGGCCGCAGUGGAGUCUCCGGGACUCUGUCCGCCGAAGCCGCCCCGUUCACCCCGAUGGCGGCAGAUGGUUGGAGUGACGCGUCCGACGCCGAGAAACAGUUUUCCCGCUGCGCCGCAAAGCUCCGAGCCCUGCGAGCCGACUCCGGACAACUCAGAGAGGAGCUCAACCUGCUCUUUGACCAGCUCCUCUCCGAGAACUACAACAGGAGCUUGGACCCCAACAUCAACAUACGGACAGAGGAUGUGUGUGCUCUGCUGAAACAUGCCAGCUGUCUUGUGCCACUGAGUCAAGAACAUUUAGUGAUCAAACUGUGCCAACUAGCUCAUCAUCUACUCAAUCAACUGAAGGUGAUAAUGGAUGAACGGACCCUGGAUGUAUUGAUGAACUACACCUCUAGUGCGUUGAAAGUGUGCAGCACCUGGACACAUUCAGAUGUCCUCCUGGCUCUCUCCACAGUAGUGUAUGGCAAUGGACCUCAAUGCCAUCAGCACCUCGGAGACUUACUGGGUGAAGGUGGAGUCCUCCUGGAGUAUAGUUCUCCAUCUCAGCCCAACAUGGAGUUGCGGCGUGUUGCUCUUACCUGUAUGGCCAACAUCUGUCUCAGGAUUCCUGGUCAGCCGCCUUUGGAUGAUCAGUACAGAAGCAUAUGUUUCACAGUUUUCCUGAAAACGCUGCACUCGCCCAAACCCCCCAACACCGACGAACUCUUCUACUGCAUGGUGAUCCAAGCAGCUCUGAAGGGGCUUCAGUGUUGUCUCUCGGGUGGAAAGUGGAAAUUUGGCGGAGGGGAGGAGCUCGGGUCUGCACUCGCCGCUCUUAAGAGGUUGAUGUUCCAAGGAGCUCCAGGUGUGAGCGUCGAGUGGCCGGCCGUGCUUUACCCAGCGCCUCUCCCGCAGUACGAAGGUCUCUCUGCGCCAAAACCUGCUGAAUCACUGAAAUCUCCUGAACCACCAAAGGAUGCCACCGUCCCAGGAAAAGCUUCAGGGAAUAAAAAGAGGAAAUCCAAAGGAAAGGGGAAGAAGACAAAAACGGAGGAGAGCAAAGGCGAUGAUGGGGAGGAGGAAGGCAGAGGGACGGUGCCUCUACUCCAGAAAGGAGUAGAAAGAGAAGGAGGCAGAGGUGAGGCAGAGGCCUCACCCAAACCCUCUGCAUUGUUACUGUACCCGUCCUGGAAGCGAACCAGCUCUGACUCAGAGUUUUCUGAUCCAGAGGGCAGCGCACAGAGCAAAUUAAGAGUUAACCACGGUCGUGUGCGUCAGGGAGCGCUGCACUGUCUGCUAGCGGUGGUGAAAGCUGUGGAGAAACGGACUCUCUACGGGUACUGGUCCUCCUUCAUCCCCGACUCUCCCACCGGGGGACCACCGUCUCUUACUCUCCUAACAAUUAUACUGAAAGACCCCUCUCCAAAGGUGCGCUUGUGCGCUCUUCAGGUGCUGUCGUCCAUCCUGGACGGCUCCCGUCAGUUCCUGGCUGUGGCUGAAGACACGGCGUCUCCUCGGACAUCUUACACCCCUUUCUCUUUCACGCUGGCGACGGCCGUCAGGGAGCUGCACCGCGCCCUCAAUCUGGCUCUUCUGGCCGAGACGUCCCCUCAGACGCUUACGCAGGUCAUAAAGUGUCUGGCCUUCCUGGUGGCCAAUGCUCCCUAUCACCGCCUCAGACCUGGCCUCCUCAGCAUGCUCUGGAAGCAGAUGCGUCCCUACGUGCGCCACAGAGAUGUGAACGUGCGCGUGUCCGUCCUGACGUUUUACGGGGCGCUAGUGACAACUCAGGCCCCUCUCCCUGAGGUGCAGCUCCUGCUCCGACAGCCGGAGAACGGCAGCACCGGCUCCGGUUCGUUCACGCCGCAGGACUCCGCUCUCAGUUGGAGACAGAGGGACGGGGUGUCGUCGCCCUCCCGCGCACCGCUCACUCCCUCCAAGCGGGGCUCCUGCGCGCACUCCCCCCGCGGCCCUCACACUCCGGCGGAGGAGGACGGCUCCCCGCUGUGGCUGCUGCAGCUGUGCGUGUCGCUGAUCACUCAGCCCAGAGAGGACCAGUCGGACGGCGAAGGAGCGGGAGGAGGCGGCGCUUUAGAGCCUCCUCCUGUUCGACUAGAAGCUCUGCAGGUCCUGUCCCACCUGGUGCGCGGCUACUUCUCUCUAACGCAAGCGUGUCUGCGUGAGAUUGGGCAGGUGAGCGCCCGGUGCCUCGGAGAGACGGACCCGUCCAUACAGCUGCACGGAGCAAAGUUACUCGAGGAGUUUGGUACAGGAAUAAUCCAGCAGUACAGAGCAGAGAAUACUGUUCCCCAGAGCUCAAGGGUCCCCUUAAGCCAAGUGGUGCAGUUUUGGUCAGAAGUGUUGAGCGGCCCUCUGAACGGAGCGCUGCAGAACGAGCAACAUCCCACGCUGCAGGCGAGCGCCUGCGACACGCUCUCCUCCAUCCUCCCGCAGGCCUUUGCUCAGCUGCCAGACAAGACGCAGCUGAUGUGCAUCACUGUGCUCCUGGGGCUGACCUACAUUGAGAACUAUCUGGUGAAAACUGCAGCCGUCAGGGCUUUGGGAAUCUACAUACUGUUUCCCUGCUUGAGAGAGGAUGUGAUGUUUGUGGCAGAUACUGCGAACACAAUCCUUGCUGCCCUCGAUGAUCGAUCCACAAAUGUCCGCGCCAAAGCGGCCUGGUCCCUGGGAAACCUCACGGACACUCUCAUUGUUAACAUGGAGAGCGUAGGUGUGGACUUCCAAAAAGAGUUGUCAGACAUGCUGCUGCUGAAGAUGUUGCAGGCGGCCACCCGAGCAGCGGCCGACAAAGACAGGGUGAAGUGCAAUGCAGUCAGAGCUCUCGGAAAUCUGCUUCAUUUCCUGCGUCAGAGUCAGAUGACUCGAUCCGUGUUCCAGCGGCCGCUGGAAGACGCAGUUUGCGCUCUGGUUAAAACCGUCCAGUCAGAGGCCACGAUGAAGGUCAGGUGGAACGCCUGUUACGCUUUGGGAAAUGCUUUCAGAAACCCCGCCCUGCCUCUCGAUUCAGCCCCGUGGUCCCAAAAUGCCUUCUCCGCACUCUGCCACGUUGUUACCUCCUGUAAGAACUUUAAAGUGCGGAUCAAAUCUGCCGCUGCCCUGGCGGUUCCCGCCCGCCGCGACUGCUACGGGGACACAGAGCGGUUCAUCUGCGUGUGGCGUUCACUGGCCACGGCGCUGGAGAACAGCGAAGACACGAACGACUUCUUGGAGUACCGCUACAGCGCCAGCCUGCGGCACACGCUCUCGCACGCUCUCCUGCACCUGCUCAGCAUCAGCCAGUUGCAGGACAUGCCCGCCCUCGGGGCAUCGCUGGGCGGAGAGGAGGGGAGGAGCAUCAGAGAACAUUUGAUGAAGUAUCUCAGAGCGGAGGAAGGAGGAGGAGAGGAGGGAGAGAAAGAGACGGGGGGAGACAGCGUCAACCCCCAGCAGAGAGUUGGAGGUCUGCAGCAGACUGUGAUCAGACUGAAAGAGUUAAAGUCUGAAGGGGAGGGAGAGGAAGAGAGAGUCAAAGAGGAGGUGGUUCAGGUCCUGGAGGAUUUGCUGAAGACCUGUGAAGAGACCUGAAAAGCUCCGGUUUCAAAAUUGUGCUUCAGAAAACUGAGCUCAUCUCUGAUCAUGGAGGAGAAAAAACAGCUGAUAGCUUGGGAUCAUGAUUAAACUGAACACGGUCACAUUUUAUUUAUUAAUAAAUGCAUAGAUUUCAUUGACUCCUAUCGUGGACAUCAUGAUUCAGAUUGACCAGGACUUCCCCUGUAAAGUGCCUUAAACAAGUAAAACAGUGCAACUACCACGUUCAGUCAGUAAAAUAUUGGUAAAUCUGUUAAAAUCACAUGUAUACAUCAAAGUAAAACUGUCAAUGACAUGUUUCACGACACUUUCUACGAAAACAUAAACUCAGACUGUUGUACAAUUAUGAGCGUUAUGGUGUUUUGUUUCUGUUUUGCUUGUUAAACUUCACACUAAUGCUUGUGUAUAUAUGUAUGUAUAUAUGUAUAUAUAUGUGUAUAUAUAUACAUAUGUGUAUAUGUAUGUGUGUGUGUAUGCAUAUGUAUAUGUGUAUAUAUAUAUAUACAUACAUACAUAUGCUGUGUCAUUAUGUAAUUUUGAAUUUGAUGCACAAUUAUAUAAAAUGAUACAAAGCAUUAUGUUUUUUUUAAUGACUUUAUUUCGUAAUAAAUAUCUGGGAGCCAUUUUUAUCAUGAACUUUUCCCUGAG